AUGCCAUCUAAAGCACCCACAUCGAUUGGAAAUACUGAGUAUCCAAAAAAUAUCAAGAUUCCUGCCAAUUUUACUAUUCCGGCCGGAAAUGAUUUUAAGUUUCAUUUGUACCUUGCCGGAUUUGCCUGGUUCCUAUGUGAUACUAGUAGUAAUAAAUGGAUUCCGGAUCAAUGGCGCUCAGUAUAUUUUAACAACAAAGACGAAAUCUCCGGUUACCCCGUUUCACCUGUGGCUGUAUUAGAUACAAGAAAUGGUCAAUUACAUGUUCAAUCAGCUAUUCCAGAACAUGAUACUUCAUCAAUGAUCGUAACUGUUAUUAACGACGCACCAUCAACUGAUCCAACGAAAAAUACUCCAUCCGAGCUUGUUUCU